ACUUUAUAUUGAUGGUUUCGUCCUCAAUUUUGGCGGAGAAAACGUUAAACAAUUGUAUAAACUAUCGUAGCUUACUCUUCAAUUUAUUUCGUUUUCGCCGUCAAUAGUGUAAUUUGUUUUGUCCGAUCACAGUCUGGGCAGUUUUCUGUGGUAUUUGUCCCAAGCUUAUGAUUUUCCCCGAAUAAGCUCUACAUACAUUGGGUCGACCACACAGUGUUACACCCUUUGAAAUUUAUAGAUUUCUUUAAUCCAUUUUAUUUGUUUGAAUGACGAGAAUCCAUUGCAAAUAUCAAAUCUGUGUUUGAAUCAUGUUAACAUGAUGUGGUUUAGCUCUGUCGGUCGAAUGCGUAGCAAUGGGACAGGACCCGCAUGCUAUGAUUUUUGAUUUUUCCCUCUUCUAAAUAUACUACACAACCUUGUAGCCAAAGGCAGUGAUUUAGCUCAAGAUUUUUUUGAUUAAAUUUCCAAGUAUUUGAUUCAGUUUUUCCAUUUCUUUUUCAUCUUCUUCUUUCUCUGUCAACUGGUAUCUGUUAAUUGAAUUUGUCAAUAGCUUUAGUCUGGGAAUUCGAUUGCUUGUAAUGGCUGAUUCCUGGCAGAAAUUAUGGGAAGCUUCGUAGUUGGGCUUUUUUAUGGUUAGUGUUUGCUCGCUGCCUAUCCAAUACAGCGUUAAAGCCCAUUAUUGGCUUUCCCAGCUACCAGCAGAAGGGGCUGGAAAUUGGUCUCAAUCAGCUCCCGGCGGCUUAUUAAUUUUUCUGGGCCUCUUUAAAAUUAAACUUGGAUCGAGUAAUUUGAAUUACAGCAUUUACGAGAUACCAAGGGUCAAAGGAUAGGAAGCUGCUUUCAAUUUAAUAAUGUCUCUCUUUAGCAGAUUCUUCUACAGAAGGCCUCCUGAUGGUCUUCUUGAAUUUACUGAGAGAGUUUAUGUUUUCGAUUCCUGUUUCUCCACUGAGGUUUUAUCAGAUGAGAUGUAUCUUAUAUACUUGCGAGAAAUUGUCACUGAGUUGCAUGAGCAGUUCCCAGAUUCUUUAUUUCUUGCAUUCAAUUUCAGAGAGGGCGAGAAGAGAAGCAAGUUUGCAGAAAUCGUGUGUGAAUAUGAUGUUACAGUUAUGGAUUACCCGAGGCAAUAUGAGAACUGCCCCCUUCUUCCCUUGUCCCUCAUCCAACAUUUUCUCCGGGCAAGUGACAACUGGCUGUCAAUGAGAAAUAAUCAGAAUGUCGUGCUUAUGCAUUGUGAGAGGGGAGGUUGGCCCUUACUAGCUUUUCUUCUUUCGAGCUUUCUUAUCUACAGAAAGCUUCAGAUGGUUGAACAAAGGACUCUUGAAAGUGUUUAUCGGGAGGCACCAAAAGGUUAUUUGCAGCUUUUGUCACCUCUAAAUCCAUUUCCUUCACAGUUACGGUAUCUUCAAUAUGUAGCUAGAAGAAACAUGUCACCAGAAUGGCCACCCAUGGAGCGUGCACUUUCGUUGGAUUGUCUCAUUCUUCGUGCUGUCCCUAAUUUUGAUUCUCAAAAUGGAUGCCGUCCGAUUAUUCGUAUUUUUGGGCGGGAUAUUCAUAAUAAGGAUGGUCUCUCUACAAAGAUGCUCUUCUCUACGGGGAAGAAGAAGAAAACCUUGAGGCACUAUCGGCAGGUUGAUUGUGAUGUUGUGAAAAUCGACAUUCAGUGUACAGUUCAAGGUGAUGUCGUCCUGGAGUGCAUCCAUUUAGAGACAGACCCAGAGAGAGAAGUUAUGAUGUUCCGUGUCAUGUUUAAUACAGCUUUCAUUCGGUCCAACAUUCUGAUGCUGAAUGCAGAUGAUCUUGAUAUACUUUGGGAUUCCAAGGAACGGUUUUCAAAAAGCUUUCGAGCAGAAGUGCUGUUUGGAGAAAUUGAAUCUCUGUCUCCUUCACGGCCUCCUAUUAUAACACCUAAUGGGGAAGAGAAAGGUGGAUUGCCAAUUGAAGCUUUUGCAAGGGUCCAAGAACUUUUCAGUGGUCUUGAAUGGGUUGAUACUGGAGGUGAUGCGGCUCUUUGGUUCAUUCAACAGAUGUCAUCAAAUGGUUUUCAAGAAAGAUUUGAGAAUUUUUUUCCCAGUGAUCUUCACAGUCAACCAACCUUGAUGAGCAAGCAAGAUUCACAUCCAAUAUCUGCUGUGAUUGGAGAUGAAGAGAAAGAGUCCAAGGAUGCAGAAUUUUGGCCACCUUCACCCCAUUCUAAGCCAAAGUCUGAUCCUGAAUUUUUGAAUCAAAUUCCACCAUCUCUCCCUCCAUCUGUAGAUCAAUCUAAUGAAUCAGUGUUGCCAACUACAACCUCACCUCCACCUGCAGGGACAAUGCCAUCUACAACUCAACUACACCCCACAUUUAACAGAAAUCCUUUUGUGCCACCACCAUCUCCACCGCCACCGCCACCACCACCACCAUAUCAGUCAUCAUUGUCUGAAACAUCAUCAAGGAUUACUGUUCACCAUUCUCCACUCUCUGCACCACAAAGAGUAGGCUCAACUUUGUCUGCAGUUGCACCUCCAUCACCACCUCCACUUCCACACCUACCAUAUUCAUUGAAAUCAAGUGUUCCUCCACCACCACCGCCACCUCCCCUGAAAUUGUCUAAUAGUAGUGAAUCUCCAUCACCUCUGCCACCACCACCACCACCACCACCACCACCUCCUCCUCCUCCUCCUUCAAGAUUAGGUUCCUCUUUUCCUAUCUCGCCACGCUCAUCUUUACUCCCAACCAAGUCAAACACCACACCGCCACCACCACCACCACCACCUCCACCACCUCCACUUCCACCAAAAUUAAGUGUUGCAUCAUCCCCACUUCCACCCUCAUUGUCAAUUCUACCCCAAUCACCACCCAAACAACCACCUUUGAAUUGUGGAAAAUCAAAUGAGCAAUUGCCACCUUCGCCACCGCCACCUCCACCACCACCUCCAAGUGGACGUCGUGAAGGACCACCACCCUUGUUGCCAUCACAAACACCACCUUCACAUGGGGUUCUUGUUGGGUUAGUGCCUCCACCACCUCCACCACUGCCUCCGCGUGGACUUCAUGAAGGAUCAGCACCAUCAGCACCAUCAGUACCACCGCUGCCGCCUCUGCCACCCCCUCUUGUGGGUAGAGGUCAUGGGGAACCACCAUCCCUCCCAUCCCUUCCUAUUGAGAGAAGUCGUGUGGGUCCACCACCUCCAUCGCCACCUCCACCACCCCCUCCUCCCCCUCCUCCGGGGAGAAGUGUAGGCCCAUCACCCCCAUUGCCCCCUCCAGGGGGUCGCGGGGGCUCACUUCCGCCACCUCCCCCUCCAAGGGGUCGUGGGGGUCCACCUCUGCCACCCCCCCCUCCAGGAGGUCGUGGGGGUCCACCACCCCCACCUCCCCCUCUAGGGGUACGAGGAGGCCCACCGCCCCCACCUCCCCCUCCAGGGAGUCAUGGGGGUCCACCACCCCCACCUCCCCCUCCAGGGGUACGAGGAGGCCCACCACCCCCACCUCCCCCUCCAGGGGGUCGUGGGGGUCCACCUCCUCCUGGGGCAAGUCGAGGGGGCCCACCUCCUCCACCACCACCAGGAGCAAGAGGAUCUGCUCCACUUGGAAGGGGAAGGGGUGCACCCGGUGCUCCUUCACAGUCAAGUGCAAGAGGUCGUGGAACUACAUCUUCAUUUGGGUAUUUGGCACCAAAGCGGUCAUCUUUAAAGCCAUUGCAUUGGGUCAAAGUUACUCGAGCAAUGCAAGGCAGCCUAUGGGCAGACACUCAAAAACAAGAAGAACAAUCAAGGCAGGCUCCAGAAAUUGAUAUGUCUGAGUUGGAAAGCCUUUUCUCAGCUGCUGUAUCAACUGACAUAGGAAGCACAGAAAAAGGAGGUAGUCGGCGAGCCUCAAAUGCUCCUAAACAAGAGAUAGUACAUUUGGUUGACAUGCGAAGGGCUAACAAUUGUGAAAUAAUGCUGACAAAAAUUAAGAUGCCUCUUCCGGACAUGAUUAGUGCAGUUUUGGCUUUGGAUAGCUCCAUUUUAGAUGUUGACCAGGUUGAGAACCUUAUCAAGUUUUGCCCUACUAAAGAAGAGAUGGAGAUGCUGAAGAAUUAUUCAGGUGAGAAGGAAAUGUUGGGAAAGUGUGAACAGUUUUUCCUUGAACUCAUGAAGGUACCAAGGGUAGAAUCCAAGUUAAGAGUUUUUUCAUUCAAGAUUACAUUCUCUACCCAGGUGAAAGAAUUGCGUUCCAAUUUGGAAAUUAUUAAUCAUGCUUCUAGAGAGAUUAGGGAGUCUGUCAAAUUACGAAGGAUAAUGCAAACGAUUCUUUCACUGGGAAAUGCAUUGAAUCAGGGAACAGCACGAGGUUCGGCUAUUGGAUUCAAACUGGAUAGUCUUCUUAAACUGACAGAUACACGUGCACGAAACAACAAAAUGACUCUUAUGCACUAUUUAUGCAAGGUACUUGCUGAAAAGAUGGCAGAGCUGCUAGAUUUUGAUAAGGAUCUUGUUCGCAUUGAAGCAGCCUCCAAGAUCCAACUUAAGUCCUUGGCAGAAGAGAUGCAAGCAGUGAGCAAGGGUCUUGAAAAAGUUGAGCAAGAACUAACUAUUUCGGAGAAUGAUGGAGCCGUGUCAAUAGGAUUUCGUAAGGUUUUGAAAGAUUUUCUUCAUAUGGCUGAAGCUGAUGUGAGAUCGCUUACCUCACUAUAUUCAGAAGUGGGACGAAACGCUGACUCACUUGCCCAGUAUUUUGGUGAGGAUCCUGCACGCUGUCCGUUUGAGCAAGUAAUAUCUACCCUGCUGAACUUUGUAAAUAUGUUCAAAAAAGCUCGUGAAGAGAAUAUAAAGCUAGCUGAAGCUGAGAAAAAGAAAGCUGAGAAAGAGAAGAUAAAAAGCACACCUGCAAAAAGGGACUUGGCAGAUCCUGAAAAGUCCAGACUGAGUCCUUCAAGGAAGGAAUCAGAUUUCAUGUUUUCACCCCGCCGAAAUAAAGCUGGAUAGCAUGCAGAUAUAUCUACUAAGGUCAUAAUGCUUACUAGUUACCACUACGGAAAAUUGCAUAGAGGGAAGUCCUAGAUGCUCUGUAGGAAAUUCAUGAUGAAAUAUUUGUUGCUUCCAUUUGACUGCAUUGGAGUUAGACUAUUGCGUGUAUAAAGCAUGUUUUCCCUAAGCACUGGCGGCUCUAUAAUCAGAAAAUUUUGAUGGUCUGAAAUCUCGGACAGUAAUUUUGUACGAUGGGGAAUUGGAGCCAUAUGGCAGCAUCCAAAAGCUGUUGCAUGGUCGAAGGCUUUAAUGAAGUUCCAUUUGCACAGAGGCAUGCCUGUUUCAUUCAGGUUGCUAAGGUGUUGACCACAAAUUAACGCUUGUAGAGAAAUCUUGAAACCAGUGACAUUAUAUCUCUGCUAGAAAAGACGUGACACUUGGUCAUGUUGUACAGUUGCACAUAAAUACCAUAUUUCGUACGUUAAUGAGAAUGCUCUGUAUAUUUAAUUAGUAACCAUUAUUUCUGCUUUAUUAGGACAUCCCGCUCUCUUUUGGGAAUGAGAUGUUGGGGACUGAAGGAGAUGUAUAAUAACAUGCUAAGCUUGGAAGCUACCUCUUUGUUUUCUUUGUCAAUGAGAUACAAUUUCGAAAAGGAUCUAUGUCGUAUGUUUAAUAACAUGUAUAUUAAGAUUUAAUCAUUACAAUUGAUAUCUAGCUAUGUACAACUUGAAUGGGCCUGAUGGCAAAGGCAUGUGUGCUCGAUAAAGAUAGAGACAUUGUCAAGUUCGAAGGUAUAUAGACUUGUACACCUCAUUGAGCUCUCAAGACAGGGUCUCAAACCAAAUGGAGGUCGUUGCUUUUACCCA